GAAAAUGUUUAACAAAUUGUAUUAUCGUUUUAGGUAACACACGUCUACCAGAUAGUCGAGUAUACCCCUAAGCCAUGCUUCAAACCUUUCAGUGACGCUGUAUCGGAUGCUCGUCGUGCUGGUGAUGCAGACCCCUCCAAAGCCAUCAUCGCGGACACGAUGAAAUUGGUCGGGAAUAGGUGAGUUUUAAAAUCACGCUGUCGUGACGUAUUCAAGAAAUACUCAUUUUUUGUAUUUCUAUAGGUGAGUUUUAAAAUCACGCUGUCGUGACGUAUUCAAGAAAUACUCAUUUUUUGUAUUUCUAUACAGCUCAUACGGGAAGACCAUCACCAACAAAGAGCGUCAUCGCAAGGUGGAUUACUGCAACGAUGAUGAGGUUUCUGAAUUAAUCAACUCACCAUUCUACCGCCAAAUGAACGUGAUCGACGAUGACACCUACGAAGUGGAAAGUGCUAAGAAGAAAAUAAAGUUGGACUUACCACUACAGGUAUGUAUUGCAUGAUCAUUUCGUCAUUAGAAAUAUAGAUUAAUAAAUUAUUCUUAUUUUACAGGUGGGGUUCUUCGUGUACCAGUAUGCGAAACUCCGAAUGUUACAGUUUUACUACGACUGUUUAGAUACAUACCUUGACCGUUCCGAUUAUGAGUAUUGCGAGAUGGAUACAGACAGUGCCUAUAUCGCUAUUAGUGGUGAAAGUGUUGAAGAAUUGGUCAAGCCUGGUUUAAGAGAGGCGUUUGAGAACGAUAAAUGUAACUGGUUUCCUCGUUCCGAUACAACUGAACAUGCGAAAUACGACAGGAGAAAACCGGGAUUGUUUAAAGUGGAAUGGGAAGGGGAUGGAAUUGUAUCUUUAUGUAGUAAGACGUAUUAUUGUUUUGGGGAGAAAGAUAAAUAUAGUUGCAAGGGUGUAAAUAAGAAAAAUAAUGUAAUUAAUAAAGAUAAAUAUUUAGAUGUGCUUUUAAGUAAACGUAGUGGGUCGGGUGUAAAUAGGGGUUUUAGGGUUUUAAAUAAUACUAUGUGUACAUAUGUUCAAGUUAAAAACGCUUUUAGUUAUUUUUAUCCAAAACGUAAAGUUUUGGAGGACGGUGUGUCAACAAUUCCUUUAGAUAUUUAGUUUGUAAAUAGUCAAUAUAUAUUUUUCAAAAACAUGUUGUGUAUUUCUCUCUCCCCCUCUCCCAUGCAGAGUUUCAGGGACAAAAUAAGUCCCGCACGGGACAAACAGUCCCGCAGGGACACUUUGAGCGUUUCUGGGACUUCUGGGACAAAAAAAGUCCCGUGCGGGACAUUUAUAUAAGAGAUGGGAGUCCGGUAAGGUUUUCAUUCUACAUCAUGCCUCGAAAGCGUAAAGACUGUCCGAUUUGUGGCAAGAAAAAUUUGUUGAAAUUAUCUAACCAUUUAGCAGGUGUUCAUGAACUUUCCACCGCACAAAGACAACCUUUCCUUAUACGUGCCAAAUGUGCACCUUUGGACCUGGAAGUAGUUUUAACUGAAUUGUAUAGACUCA